AUGGACUUUGAGUAUAGGGAUGGUGGUAUCGGCGUUGAAAAUGGAGGCCGCACCAAGCACAAGCCUAAAGGAAAUGAACUACUGUCCCUCAAAUUCACGGUUCCCACCACACAUCGGAAUGUUGGCGGGAAACCUGUGGAUGAAAAUGAAAUUAAGAAAGCUGUGUUUUCAAUGAAUCCCAAUAAAGCUCCAGGAAAUGAUAGUAGACAGAUUCUUGAUAAUGUUAUCCUAGCUCAUGAGUUCCUACAUAAUCUGAAAAACAAAAGGAAUGGGCAUAUGGGAUGUAUGGCUGUUAAAUUGGAUAUGUCUAAAGCCUAUGAUAGAGUCGAAUGGGAUUACUUGAGAGCAAUGAUGGACAGAAUGGGAUUUUGUGAUACUUGGAUAAAUUGGAUAAUGAACUGCAUUACUACUGUGUCUUAUUCUUUUAGUGUUAAUGGAGAAGCAAGAGAGUUUGUAAAGACAGAAAGAGGACUAAGGCAAGGUGACCCUCUGUCACCAUACUUUUUCCUCAUAUGCUUAGAAGGUUUCUCAAGUCUACUCAGAAGAGCAGAGGCAAACCGAGAAAUGAUAGGAAUGAAGAUCAGCAAACAUGGACCUGCACUAACUCAUCCUUUUUUUGUUGAUGACUCACUGAUAUUGAGCAAAGCAGAUCAACAGGAGGCCAACGAGUUGAAGGAAAUUCUAAAAAAUAUGAGGCAGCCUCAGAACAAUGGAAGCAAUAUAGGAGGAGCUGGGAGAGAUCCAGGCAGUGAGUCAAGAGAAAUAUUUGGGAUUGCCAAUGAUUAUCACAAAGACCAAAGAGCAGAUUUUUGGGUUCAUAAAGGACAAAAUCAGAAAGAAGAUGGACCAUUGGAAAACAAAAUUGCUAAGUCUUGCUGGCAAGGAAACUUUACUGAAGGCAGUGACAAUGGCUAUUCCAACUAA